CGCCCGCGCACGGACCGGCCCAGCGCAGCCCCGGCACGGGGAGCGCCGGCCGGGCGAGGGCACGGGCGAUGCCGUGGUGACGGCCCCGCCAUGGCGAAGCCCCCGGCGGCGGCGGCGGCGGCGGCGGCGGCGGCGGCGUCGGAGGAGCUGAGCCAGGUGCCGGACGAGGAGCUGCUGCGCUGGAGCAAGGAGGAGCUGGCGCGGCGGCUGCGGCGCGCGGAGGGCGAGAAGGUGGGCCUCAUGCUUGAGCACGGCGGCCUGAUGCGCGACGUGAACCGGCGGCUGCAGCAGCACCUGCUGGAGAUCCGCGGCCUCAAGGACGUGAACCAGCGGCUGCAGGACGACAACCAGGAGCUGCGCGAGCUCUGCUGUUUCCUCGACGACGACCGGCAGAAGGGGCGCAAGCUGGCGCGCGAGUGGCAGCGCUUCGGGCGCCACGCGGCCGGUGCCGUGUGGCACGAGGUGGCCCGCUCGCAGCAGAAGCUGCGCGAGCUCGAGGCGCGCCAGGAGGCCCUACUGCGCGAGAACCUAGAGCUCAAGGAGCUGGUGCUGCUGCUGGACGAGGAGCGCGCGGCGUUGGCGGGCGGCCCUGGCGGCGCGGGCGGCGGCGGCGGCGGCGCGGGCUCCCGCAGCUCCAUCGACAGCCAGGCCAGCCUGAGCGGGCCGCUGGCGGGAGGCGCGGCGGGCGCGGGCACCCGCGACGUGGGCGAUGGCAGCAGCACCUCGAGCGCCGGCAGCGGCGGCAGCCCAGACCACCACCACCAUGUCCCGCCCCCGCUGCUGCCCCCAGGGCCGCACAAGGCCCCCGACGGCAAGGCGGUCGCCACGCGUAGGUCCCUGGACGACCUGUCGGCGCCGCCACACCACCGAAGCAUCCCCAACGGUCUGCACGAUCCCUCGUUCACCUACAUCAGGCAGCUGGACACCAAGGUGAAGUUGCUGGAGGGCGACAAGCUUCUGGCGCAGCAGGCGGGCUCUGGAGAGUUCCGGACGCUGCGGAAAGGCUUCUCCCCGUACCACUCGGAGUCACAGCUCCCCAGCCUGCCGCCCUCCUACCAGGAGUCCCUGCAGAAUGGCCCCGCCUGCCCUGUUCCCGAGCUGUCCUCGCCGCCCUCCGCCGGCUACAGCGCCGCAGGACAGAAGCCCGAGGCUGUGGUGCACGCGAUGAAGGUCCUGGAGGUACAUGAGAACCUGGACCGGCAGCUCCAGGACAGCUGCGAGGAGGACCUGAGCGAGAAGGAGAAGGCCAUUGUCCGCGAGAUGUGCAACGUGGUCUGGAGAAAACUGGGGGAUGCCGCCAGCUCCAAGCCCUCCAUCCGGCAGCACCUGUCCGGGAACCAGUUCAAAGGGCCUUUGUAGGGCCGUUGCUCCGUGGAGGUGGACUGGCCCUGCCUGGGGUCCCUGGGCGCCGAGCCACCGUCUCCUCUAGUCUGGUGAACUGUACAUAGGACGCUGCCUGCCGUGGCCUGGCUGCCGGGGUCCGACUCCAUCUCCUGCCUCUCACUCACCAGCAGACUGGGAAGACGGCUCCCCGCGGGAGAGUGGCCUGGUCGGCCUCGUUCCUGCUCUGGGCUCCCCCGGUGCAAGGCUUUGGCCGCUUCGAGAGGCCAGGCCCAGGGACUGUCCCAGGCUGGGCCCAGCCUUGGUGGAGGGGCACGUAUGUCAUCAAGCCCUUCAGCCCUGGCUGCCACCUACACCGGACAGAGGCCACCGGCAGCUGCACUAACGCACAGGGCCCCCACCUGCUGUGGCUUGAACUCUGGCGGCCUCAGUGCCGGGUCCCGAGCUGGACAAGGAAACUCACCUGCGGCCCUUCCUCUGGCCCUGUGCCCAGGCUUCCUGCUGCCAGCCACUGCUUGUUUUUGGAGUUCAGGUCUCCACCCGCAGCCACACACUCUCUGCAGCGUCCCCUUGCCCUCUCCCAGGUUGCGCCCUAUCUUUUCGGGGUCCUUCCUACCCAGGGCCCGAGGCCCCUGCUCAGGAACAGCGCCCCAUCCCGGAUCACUGUGGACAGAGCUGCGUGGCCGCAGGUGAAGGAGGUCUGCCCUCCUUGGGAGAAGCCCGACCGGGCUCUGGCUUUCAUUUUCCUGUGUGACCUUCAGCAAGUCACUCAGCCUCUCUGGGCCCCAGAGAGGUGGGAAAGGAGGGCUCAGAGGGCCUUUGAGCUGUGCUCACGGUUUGCGAGCUUUAGUCGGCCUGUGCCCACCCUCACCGCUCGCCAGCCAUCGGGGUCCACCUGCGGGAGAGGUCACUGUGGGGUGGGGACGAGGCCCGAGCUGAGUCCCCCCUGAGGCCUUGUCGCCUCCUCCUCUCAGGGGACACUCAGCUCCCUUUCUGAGCCUCAGUGUCCUCUCCUGCAGAACGGGCAGCUCAAGGCCCUCCUUGUAGGGCUCUGGGGGACAAAUAAGACCUUCCGUGUAAAUUGAUCGUGUGUAAACUGUGAAGUGAGACGUGUAGAUUUACCAUUAGUGUGUGAGGCAAACGAGGCCCAGGGCUGAGGGACGGCGGCGCCACAAACACUGUCCCAGAGCCUGGGAGGCAGGGCUGCCGCGGCUCUAACCAGCCCUGGCUCCUCCUGUGUUUUCAGUUCCUCGGCCGCCACUGGCUUCGGCGCUUCAGCGGGACUUGGCGCUCCGUGCAGCAGGGGACGGGGACCCAGCAAGGGGCCAGACGAGGCCCCCCUGCUCCUCUUCCCAGCGGCGCCUCUGAGUCGUUCCUCCGUCUGCCCUGGCGCCUUUGGGUCGACACUCUCAGGGGAAAGGCCCUCGGCCCUCACUGUGCCCAGGGAGUGCUCCGUGGGUGCUGCUGACGGCGCCAGGCAGGUCCUCUUGCCCUGGGUGUUACAGGAAGCUGUGGGCCCCUGGAAGGAGCUGGCCCGCAGGUCAGGUAGUGAGCCUUCCUGUGACUAGCGAGCGUGUGCACCUGGCGCUGGGUGAACAUCCGUGGACACAGUUCUGGGUGAUUCCUGCCCAAGUGGGCAGUGAACUGGGGGGCGGAGGCCCUCUCUGGGUGUUGGAGUCCAAAGGACCGCGGAGCAGCUUGGGUCCCUUUGGGGUGGGAGCCAUACCUGGGAGCCCAGAUGUCCUGUCUAGGUCAGGCUGGCUUGGCCACCACUGAAAAUAAGCAAUAAGUCAGGUGUCCUGGUUCUGCAGGUCGCCUGCAAACUGACCCAGGGAAGAACAGCCUCAAAGGGACCUUUCCCUGCUGGAAGGAAGCGACCCUGUCCUGACUUCUGCAGGGGUGUCCAGGGAGUGGGACAGGUGUUUCCGCGGGAGGCAGCCCCGGGCGGAUGCUGGUGUCUCCUUUCUGCCCCUGCCCAUUCCCCGGAGCCAGCCUCACAUGGGAGUGGCUUUCUAGGACAGCACUGUACCUGUGACAGUCACCUCGAACAUAAGUUGCUGAAAAGCCUGCAGCACUUCUGCCUGCUUCUCACCGGGCUCAGGGUGAGGGCGCGGCAGGAGCCCGUGGCUGGGGGGGGGUCACAGGGGCCAGCUCAGGGCGAGUCCCAGCUCUGCCACGAGCAGGGAGGUGACACUGGCAACCCUCCUCCCAUCUGGAGCUUUAGCUCUGAAAGCUUGUGGUGGGGUGAACUCUCCUCAAUCCUUUUCUGUUUCACAUCCUCUGAUUCUAGAUCCUAAAGUCCCCGUGGCACCUGUGCUGUGGCUUCCGUUCCCACUGUGAUGGAUGUCACCCUUCCAGCCUCAUCCCAGGUGGCCAAGCCCAUCCUGGAAUCGGAACCCGCUGAGCACAUUUUUUAGCCACACAUCAGUGUUUAAAGAGAAAAAAAGUGACCUUUUUUUUUUUUUUUUUUUUUUGGGUCCUUGAAAACUUGAGCGGAAACUGCAUACUACUGAUCUUUUUUUUUUUUAAAGAAAUGAAAUGCAUGACUGCAGAGCGGUAGAGGUGUAUAUUUUUCAUAACGCGGGGGACCUAUUUGUGCUGCUCUCUGGGAACGGGCGGGUCUCCUGGUCCCUGUCCCCAGGCCGGCAGCUCUACCUUGGGUAGGACGCGACAGCCCCGAUCACAGGGGCCCGCCCCUCCCCGGCUCCGGGCGGAGCUGGGAGCCCUGGGCUCGGUGCCGCGUCUACCUUCUCUUGAACCACUUUGAUUUGGGGAGAGAGAAAGAAAUAGAACUUUUGAUAGUGUGGUAAAAACCUUGAUUUGAACUAUUUUAGUAAAAGGAGUAACAGAGAAGUUUGUGAUAGUGUCUACUUUGCGCUAGAGAAAUAAAGGCCUUUGCGAGCCUC